AUGUCCAAGACUCCAGAUGCAACGCCUGUGUGGGUUGCAGCAAGGGAGUUUAGGUCGGUUGCAACGCUGUGGGAGGAGGAAAAGGGUGCGGGAAAAGCUCCUUCGAGUGGCACUGGCUCGACGGUUUACUGGGUCCCUGGGGGAAGGCGGCAGGCUGCCAUGGACUGGCAAGAGAAAGCCGACACAGCACCACGGUACCGAGAGGUAAAGCUACGAGAAUUCGACCCGUCCUCAACGCCCUCGAUGAGCCGGUGGGACCGCCUGUCACAGCCGAAUCUUAGGCCUGCAACGUCACCCCGCGACCCCCGAACGCCGGUACCGAAGAGACGUCGUGCGAGAUGCUGCAGGCGGGCGUGCGAGUACCCGGCCUGCCUUGGCCAUUUCUGCCAUAUCCCGUUUUUCGCGCACCCGCAAUACUCCCAUUCCAGGCUCUCCUGCGCUUCCCCUUGGCCCAUGACCUGGUUGAGCGGUCUGGUGGUUCGGAUUCAAUAUACGCUUCAUUCGGCUAAAUUACCUGCGUCCUUGUUGAUUUGGAGGCGAGCUGCCUUCCCCAUGGGACAAGUCCGAUACUCAGAGCCUCGCAUCUCUUGGCCGAGUCGACAGGAACCCCAACUUGUCCGAGGUGCCGCGGUUGUCCGCGGCCUGCUGCUGGUGGCCCUGCUCAAUCUAACUCUCGGGUUUGGUGUGUCUGGCAUGCCAGGGGUCGGCCUCUCUGGGGGGUGCCACGGUCCGGCAAACGUCAAGUGUCAAAAUCGAGUCACCGGAACUUGGCCGGACUCCCAAGAUGGACGGACGAACCAUAGGCGAUGGAAGUUAAGCCUGGGAUGGCACCAGUGCAGUUCGUCCACGACACGGCAUCUCGUCUCCACCGGCUCAAUCCAUCACGGCACCAUGCACAAUGGCACCGGAUAUCGUUGA